AUGCCUCUUUAUGAAGACCCUGAAUUCCCCAGACACUCUGUAUCAUCCCUUUCUUCGUGCAAAAUCGUCUGGCGUCGUCCCAAUGCCAUCGUGCGAACACCCAAGUUCUUCGGAUGCGACGAUUCCCUCAUCACUUCCGAGCAGCACAUCGAACGGAGGAAGGAGAUCCGAGGGAAUCGGUCGGCGUUCUUCCUGAUGACCGUGGCCGGUCUCACGAAUAACGUUGACAAGUUCUCUCAAGUGGUUCCCAGGCAAACGUUUGGAAAUGAGUACACUGGUGAGUAGAAUCUGUAACUGACAAUUUUUUUUUUGAACGCUUUAUUCAAUAAUGGAAAAUAUAGAUAGCACUUUCAGGAAAAUUUUUGUUUAACUUUUUCGAGAAUGGCGCGAAGACGACAGUUACGAUAGAUGACCUCCUGCCCACUCUGGAAACCGGAACCCUUUUGUUUUCUGAUUGUGUUGGAGACGCAUUCUGGUUUCCACUUCUCGAGAAAGCUUAUGCAAAGUAGGUUGGCCCAUGAAAGAACACUACAGUAGAAAGUCGUUUUUGAGGUUUUGUGGCGGAUAUGAUCAAAUUAACACUGGAUUGCCAUUGUACGCGUUACGGCAUUUGACAGGCAAAGAAGUCGAGUGCAUUGACAAUGAAAACGGGGGAAGCCUUCCGUUCUCUCCACACGGAAUGUACGAGAAAUUGGCGCAUUGGAGCAGCAAGAAGUGUUUGAUCGUGUGCAAACUGAAUGACAACAGGCAUUUCAACAACGAAAAGCACGGAAGCGGAUUCACGGUCACAGGAGUGCAGGAAGGGAAACGGCCUUCGAACGACGGCAUAUUCUCGCAGAAGAAGUUCGUGAAGCUCCGACAUUCAUCGGGAAUCAUCGAAAAGGGACUGGCAGACGAAAUGGGCAUUUCUGAAAUCGAUGAGAACGGAGAGGGACUGAUGGAUGUGGAGAAGUUUGUGAGACAGAUGCAAUGCGUGUACUCGGUUGACGUCGAAAUGGAAAGUUUGGGGAGAAACGACGGACUAGAUGCUUUCGCUCCGUUCAUUCCGAUCAUUCAGCGGUCGGAUGUAGUGAGCAAGCACAGGUGCAGAAGACAUUGA